UAACAGACCCGUAUCGAAAUUGGUUAUAUAUUCAACGUUCACUGCGACACUGAAGCAAUUUGACAUUUCGGGAGAUUAGGUUUGAGAGUUGCGGGAAUCUUCUUGUGGCGUUUCCCUGUAUCCGCAUUGACGACACAAAACGGGAAACUGCUUACUUCAUCACCACAAACACUGGAACUCUUUUGAAGGCAACACUGUACAUUUUUACGCGAGAUACAUGGCCACUAGUUAGCUAGUCGGCAUUUAACUUAAAGGACAGCUCAUUUUCAAAAAUAUUUUCCCCAUCGGUUCUCGGAAGAAAGCGGACUAUUGUUACAAAUUCCUGAGGUUCUUGACACUACUUUUCACCAGUGUGAGAAAUCUCUUCAAGCAGACGUGAUCGGAGCAGACGACCGUUGUGAUCGCAGACGACAAUUAUGGAUCCAGAGGAGAAGGUUGAAGCCUUCGCGGCGAUAUUAUACGCCGAACCGGGCACCCUGGGCUUGAUUGCAAAUAUUAUGUCAGCUUUAAUUGUUGCAGUAGAAAACAUGCUUGACGGCCCAUUUUCUCAGCCCGCGAUGACACUUGCAGGGGCGCACCUGAUUAUCAUGGGAGGGUUUCUGCAGCUGGUGGCUGCUCUUCUCUGCUUCCGGCGUAACGACCAUUUGACCGGAACAGCUUUCGCCGUGUUCGCUGCCUUGUGGACAGUGAUGGGCAUCAAUCACAUCCUAUCUCCGAUCAUUGGGGCCGAGAUCCUGAGGGUGGGGAUCCUCCCCGGUAUGAUAGGCUUCAUGACCGUGGCAGUCAUUCUGUCUCUCUGCGCCAUCACCGUCAACUACAUCAUGCCUCCGGUCCUUUUCGCCAUCAUGUUGACACUUAUUUUCGAAGGCGUUGGGGCCUUCUUCGACUGGGGUAGAAGAGUCGCUGCAGCUUUCGAACUCUUCAUCGUCAUCACCAGCGUCUACGCCUCGGUUGUCAUGGCUUUGAAAGGGGUGAGUCAGAGAUACAUCCUGCCCGGUCUCGGCAACGCCAUCUUUGAUCCACUUCUGAUCCGAGUGAAGGAGAACCCCAACACUACCAACGAAGCCAGGAAAAACACAAAGUACGGUGAACCCUACGGUCUCGGUUACAUGGGCAACGUGGUGCCAGCGGCAACGCUGGUCUUCCAUCAUCUGGGAUACUUCGCCGACUUCCGGGCCGCUAUGCCAAUGUUCGUCUACUGUUUCUACUGCCACCUCCUCGCAAGCUACUACGCCUUCCUCAGACACGACUUCUUCCAUGCCGUCGAGUUCAGCAUCUACUUCCUGUUCUGGUUGUCAAGAGGAGCGACCCAGCUUCUCAUCUCCCUCAACUUCCCAGGCAUCGACGACGUCAGGGUGAACUUUUUCGGUCAGUGGGGUCUCAUUGCGAUAGCUCUGUUUCUCCUCCUGCUGUCCGCUGUCCGAAACAAGGUCGUCUUCAUUUACAACUUCCUGUUUCUCUGCGUGGUGGUACUCUCCGUCGACCACAUCCCUCAUCAGGCCCACAACUUCUCCUUCGGGGUCUCGGGGGCCAUUUUCGCCAUUAUUUCGCUGUAUGUGUCCAUGGCGCACCUGGAGAACUCCAUCGCGGAGAAGUCUGUCAUGUGGAUUGGGGAAGAAGUCAUCCACACAGACAAGCUGAAGAAGGCCCUCAUCGGCAUAUUCAAAGGAAUGGGUGGCGGGAAGGGCGACAACAGCUGCUACAGAGACGAGAACAAGGUCGACCUGAAAAUCGUCGACACUGUCGCCCUCAUUGCCAACAGCGUUGCCUUAGCGUGCCUGGCCCCUCUUGAGGCCCAGAGAGGCGGGACUCUGGCCCUCCCCUGGAUCGUGGUGUCAGGGAUACUACUCAACCUGUACGCUGUGAGACUCUCCUUCACAGCGGGGAGUCUAGCCAAGGCAUACUACAUUCUGGUUCUGGCUGGUUUCUGGGCUGUAUGGAGCGCUCUGCUCAUUGACAAUACUCUUGCUUUCACCCUCCGCUCUGCUUCUGUGGGGAUCCUGGUACUGCACACAAUAGGGAUGUUCGUGACGCCGGUGUUCACCCGGGUGUGGGUCCCCUUCUCCAUCUUCAUGGAGUUGUGUACCAUCGCACUCGUCGUCCGCUGCUUCAACACCAACCCUGCCUGGAUGGUCCUCAUCACCGCCAUUCUUGCUUGUACCGUAUGUCUCUAUGGAGCUAUUGCUGAGCUGGUCAACGGCGUGUUGAUGGAUGUGGUCAUCCCGGUCGGGUUUCCAAUGUUUGAGGAGAAGUACAUUGACCCCUACGAAAAUCCCCCGUGUCCCCUUUUCCCUUCGCGUCGGUCCUCCGCCCUCAGGAAGGUAGCCAAGGUCUUGGAUAAUGCCGGCGUCAUCGGAACCCCAACAGACACCGUCUACGCCAUCGCAGCCUCCUGCAAACACCCUGAGUCCAUCCAGAGAAUCUACACCGUGAAGGAACGCCCUCCAGAGAAGCCAAUCUGCCUCUGUCUCGCUAACCUUGAACAACUCAAAGAAGCCAGUCCGGACUUCAGCCCUCUGCUCUGGAACUUCAUGGAACGGUGUUACCCAGGUGGUAUCAGCUGUGUGGUACCCAAAGGACAAUGGAUGUAUAACCUUGGGGUCGGGGAUGCCUACGAUCUUGUUGGUACCAAGGAAAGCAUCUGCAUCCGGGUACCUGACAGCUGUGUCCUUGCUUAUCUGGUAUCCUGGUCUGGACCAAUAGCUCUCACUUCCGGUAACCCAAGUGGCGGAGCGGAUAGCACACAUCACAGUAUGCUGAUUGGGUCAUUGGGCCAGAAACUAGAUGCUGUUAUUUGUGAUGGUGAAUCUCGGGAACUCGUGGCUUCCACGGUGGUCAAUUGUAUGAACAUAGAUAAAGGUGACAUUGACUACUUCCGUAUCGGGUGCACACCGAAGGAAAUUGUGGACCAGCAUUUCGAAGACGCCAAGGCAGCCAUGGCGGAGAAGAACACAGUGGUCACUCUGGGGUCUACUGACCUUAAGAAAUGACCACAGCCUAGGUCAUAGUGGACCAACUAAGCCAGCCAGAUGACAGUUUGGUGUUUGUGUCGAUUAAUGUUCUUUCAACGCUCUGUCUUUGGCGAUAUGCAAUGGCAUCUUGAAUAUGCAAGUUCGGGGGUCAUGACGCAUAGUUAUGCAUAUUCAUCGUGAUAGAUCACCAUCGUUCAACUUUACCUCUGAUAUUGUAUUCAAAUAGUGCAAACAUGUUGUAUCAAGUACAUCCAAUUGUUUAUUUAUUCGAUCAUUGAUGAUUGCCAGGUCUGUGAACGUAAAAACUUUUUAUAAACAUCUAUAUCCAGCUCCAUAGCGAUUCAAGAGGGUCUCGGACACUGGUGGCCCAUUUGUCUAAGGGGUGAAAAUCGCUGGGCAGAGCUGCGACUCGUAAGCAUGUCCGAAGCCUGUGAUAGUGGGUUCAAAUCUCAGAUUCACCAUCAUCGAGUGUCAUGGUUUCUCAUGACCAUACCUUAUCUGUAGGCUUUCACCAUUUAAGACCUGGAACAAUUUGUUACACGCCCUGAUAUAACUGAAACAGUGUUCACAGCGGGCGUAAAAUGAAACUCACUCACUUUCGCAGCCAACCCUUCUGACAUGCUGAAGUAAGAAAUGUUUCAUUUCAUGUAGGAGUAAUUUAGCAAAGGCAUCUGGAAGUUGAAAACAGAUGAAAUUAAAAAAUAAUAAAUUUCUUUCUGCAUUAUUAAUGAAAAUGUUGCUAGUCAGUCCGUAUAUAGUGUAUCGCCUGGUGCCAAUGUAUUAUAGCUGUGUUCAUACACUAGUUCAGGGCCGUUAAUUAUGUAGAUGACGUCAUGGGUAUGCUGGAGAUAUGUUAAGUGAUAUGUUAAUGAAAGAUGUGUAGAACAUCUUAAGAAGAAGAAUUGGUCAUCAGAAUCUGUACAUUCCUGUUUAUACUACCAAACUUUCAUACUUUUGUAGCUGAUUGAUUGUAUACAUGUAUAUUGUUUUUUACCUUUGUAAAUAUCAUAUUUUGAAAAUAAAUUCGUUUCAUGUGUA